AAUAAUACGUCAUGACAUCAUCGUUUCCAGCCCCGCCCAGUCAGCUGUUCGGACGGAGCUAGCCGAGGCAGCUAACAGGAAAACCCAUUAAAAUACAGAUCCGUGUACGUGAUGGAUAAGAACACUACGCGGUACAAUGUACAGCUGUACAUCUACGACCUGUCGAGGGGGAUGGCCCGCAGCCUCAGCCCCAUCAUGCUGGGAAAACAACUGGAUGGGAUAUGGCACACGGCUAUAGUGACGUAUGGUGAUGAGUUCUUCUUCGGCGGGGAGGGGAUCUCCAGCUGUCCACCGGGUGGGACCAUGCUGGGACCUCCAGACACAGUGGUGGAGCUGGGGGAGACCGAAGUGUCCGAGGAGAUCUUCAUGGAAUACCUCUCCUCCCUGGGAGAGAGCACAUACAGAGGAGACAGGUAUCGUCUGUUUGAGCACAACUGCAACACCUUCACCAACGAGGUGGCUCAGUUCCUGACGGGCAGGACCAUCCCCUCCUACAUCACCGACCUUCCGUCCGAAGUCCUCUCCACACCAUUCGGCCAAAUACUGCGGCCCAUCCUGGACUCGAUCCACAUCGCACCACCAGGGGGCAACGUCAUCAACGGAGGCAGAAACGUCUAACCUGAGAGUCGCAGUGUCCGAGGUCACUUCCAUUGUAGUCAGUCACUAAUACGUCUCAAGUUCUUUCUGUCCUGUCUUUCUUUGCAGUAUUGGAAGCUAUAACUGAUAUACAAAACCUCAAUUCUUAAAAUUAUAAUAUUUCUUCUUUAAAAUCCAGUGGGUCGGUGAAUUUGACUCCCUGCCCACUUGAUGAAAUUUGAUGGUGCCUUGGUCAGUUGAAAUGUGAUGUGUUAAUGAUCAAUUAUAAAGUUUUAAUUUCACAAGACCAGCAAAGUCUAUUAUAUCGAGAUUUGGUAAAACACGGAAGAUUUGAUGAGUUGCC